AUGGGACCCCUAGGCGUCGUUGUGGUCUUCCUGCUCGGCGUGGUGCUGGGCCUGUUGGCAAUGGUGGCCUUCGUGGUGGUCGCCUUCGUUCUGCCGGUUCCCAACAGGAGAAAGAUCGAGAAUGGAGGAAACGAGAAUGGAACGAACACGACCUCAUCCACCAACCCGAUGUCCGACUCCGCCUCUCUUCUUCCUCCAUCGAUGACCUCUUCCCUCACCUCCAUCCCAGUCGUCGUGGGUGGCAUCAUCUCAGGCCCUGGCCUGGACCCGACGUUCCCUGACGUGAGGGCGAGCCGCCACCCCUUCCCCGAAGAGAGCCUGUCCACCGAAACGAAGGAGAAGACCCCGAGCGUACAGCUGCCGGCGAUGCCGCUCAACCAGUACGUGCAGUCGAUCAUGGCCGCCGCCACGCAGCGGGCGAAGCUGCCCGGAUUGCCCAAGCGGACGAUCUCGUCGCGUUCGCUCUCCCUGCGCUCGGUCACCUCCUCGUCCUCGUCCGUCCGCAGCUCCUCCUCGCUCUCUCGGCCGCUCAAGACCCGCCAGUCUGACCUCCACUCCACUGAUGUCUCAGACUUCACCUUCGACGGCGGCUUCUCGGCCAUUACCGAAGAGACAGUGGAUGACUACCGCUACGCGCUGCACGUCAAGGUCGAGUCCGCACAGGGCCUCGUUGGCUCCAACAAAAACGGGCUGUCCGAUCCGUUCUGCAAGGUGCGGGUCGGCGGCCAGCGCGUCAGAACGCGGUGGGUGGCGCAGAGCGUGGACCCCGUGUGGAACGAGGCCUUCUCGCUCAACGUCAGCGACCCCGAGGAGGACACGCUCCUGCUCGAGGUCUUCGACCACGAGAAAGUGGGCAACAACAAGCCACUCGGCUCCGCGAUCAUCUCGCUCAAGUGCCUGGUGCGAGGAAAUGCUGUGGUGCAGACCGCGAAGCUUAGUGGCAUCGCCAGACGGUCGAACAUGGUCGACGUUCCCGCCACGGGCACGAUCACGGUUCGCAUGCUGUUGACUGACCCGUGGGUGGAAAGCGAAGCCUCGGGCGACGCCAGCGCGAAGAAGUCCAAGCUGCUGCGAAAGCUCGACCGCAAGGAGGAGAAGGAGAAGCUCCGCGAGGAGAAGGAGAAGCUCAGAGAAGAGAAGGAGCAGAAGGUCAGGGAGGAGCGGCAGCGCUCCAAGACCGCCUCGCUCGGCUCCAUGCCUCCGCCCAAUACCUCCACACUGAACGGCAACAACAUCGAUCUGUCGCCCUACCUCAAAAUGAAUGAGGAGCCGAUCAAAGAGGGAAUGCUCGAGAUCAAAUCGCUGGGCAUCUGGCACAAGCGGUGGUUCGUCCUGUACGAGAACGGCAUUCUGGCAUACCACAAGCCACACAAGAAGGACGAGCCUCUCGGCGAUUGCUACGGGUUGGUGGUGCUGUCCAAGUGUCGCACGGUUCUGUCGCAGAAGAACCGGAAACGCGAGGAGCGCAUCGAGAUCGAGCACACGGAGAAGAAGCCCAUCUUCAGCACGCACUCGCUGACGGGCAAGAAGCUGACGUCGGCCCUGGCGCACCACCGCGGCAAGGCCCACGACUGCACGCUCCGAGUCACCAGCAGCGAGGACACCCAACGCUGGGUUCUAGCCCUGCGCUUCGCCUCCAAGGAGUCGGAUGCGGACCCGCUGGAGGGACUCGGGGCCAUCAACGAGGAGGGCACGUCCACCGCCGAGUCCUCGGAUGUGAUGACCGCCGUCGCCUGCGCGUCAGAUGACAGCAGCAACAGCGACGACGAUGACAACAACAACAACAACAACGAAAGCGAUGACAACAGCUCCAAGGCCAAGGAGACCGCGCGGCACGCCGAGCACGUGGGCGACCACCACUCGCCCCAUAAGAAGGACGAGGCCAGCAGCAGCGUGGCCACCUCGACCACGGCGUCAACCACUCCUGCCCCUGCCCCUGCCCCCACCCCCACCUCCGCCCCUGCCAAGGAGCGGGUCUCCUUCGCAGCAGCCUCCGCCCCUAUGCCUGGCCCAGCGCGAGGUCGUGGGCAUAGCGGCCCGCUGCUGCACCAGCGCCACAUGUCCGAUGAGGGCAAAGCCAAGGAGGCUCAGGCGGACGUCUCCUCCGCGCCCGCCAAGGAGGCCAACGCGUUCGUGGCCUCCGGCGGACGAUAUGUGGAAGAGGGAACCCUCAAAAUCCAAACCAAGACGGGCUGGGCGAAGUACGCCUUCAGACUGUACACCAACGGCCACCUCGCCUACUUCCACCCCGAUUUCGAGGAGCCGCUGGGUUUGAUCGCCCUGCGCAACUGCCAGUUGGUGCAGACCAGCCUGGCCAAGCUGCGCCAGGCCAUCGGCGGCGGAGACAAGUCCUACCUCGAGUUCCAAAUCGUGAACCCCUCCGCCGAGCCCCUGUUCGUCGGUGCCCAGCCCGCGCUCGGGCUUCCCACCGUUCGCGGCAAGGCGGGGCUGAGCCCGGAACUUGCGGCGCAAGCGGCCUACGAGGACAUUCCGGCCCUCGACCGCUGCCGCCUGCGAGCAAAGAACCACCGGCUCCUCACCCGGUGGACGACCGCCAUCCGCGACGAGAUCACGCUCCAGCUGGCCAGGGAGGAGUUGGUGGGGCUGGACGCGUUCGGCGGGAAGGAGGAGAAGAUCGACGAUGACUUCCUCGGCUACGCCAAUCUGAUGGAAAUGCGCGUGUCGGUGCCCUUCAAAAACUUCGUAUUGGCCAAGGUGCAGCGCAAGCUCGCACCCGUUGCCCUGCCCCGAUUUCUUGCGCCUCUGCGGAUGGAGAUGAACAUGGGCGGCCCCAUGCCCGCCCUGCUGGAGAUGGAUAUCGACUACGGCGGCAAUGGGAUGAACUUCACGCUGGAGACGGCCAUCGUGACGGGCCUCACGUCCUAUGCCCCCACCAUCCCCAUCCGCAUCCGCGUGGAGGUCCUCUCCGUGCAGGGCCAGUUGUGCAUUUACGCGGGCGAGGAGCUGCAGACGCCGAUCUUUGUGUGCUUCAAGUCGCGCCCGACGAUCCGCCUGGACGUGCAGGUCCACAUCGGGCGCGCGCUGCGCCUCGACUGGCUGCCCCACUUCCAGCAGGUCAUCUCAGCGGCCGUCGAGAAGGGCAUCAAGAAGAAGCUGGUCUACCCGGCACGAAUGGAAUGCUUCAUUCCGUACCCCGGGCGCAAGCUCGACGUCGACCUGGUCGCGCCGCCGGCUCCGCAGCCCGUCAUCGUCGCCCCGGGCGCGGGCGCGCCGGCGCCAGCGCCGACGAAGAAGAACAAAAAGAUAUGGGACAUCUACACCUAUCUCGACUCCAAGAAGAACCAGAAGAAGAUCAAAGUAGUGGCGCAGUUCAUCGACGAGAUCCUCAACAAGGCCGACUACUCUCGCGUCAAGGCACUGUUCAGCCCGGAUUGUGUGCUGUCGGGCGGUGCGGGCGGCGGCGGGGGCAAGGGCAGCUUCCAGCGCGGCGCCGGGCACGAGGGCGUCCAGGACCUCGUCUCCCUCAUCCACAAGACCUACCCAGGCAUCGCGUUUUAUAUUGAGUGUGUGCUGGUGGACGAGAAGACGGUGCUGUGUCAGUUCAAGGCGCGGAGCGCGGCCAACAGCGAGACCGUCAUUCUGCAGGGCUUCUUCAUCAGCCGCGUGGAGAAGAGGCGCAUCACGGAACAGCAGCACUACUGGUCGCUGACGGCGAUCGAGCGACACCAGCAACGAACGGCCGCUGAUCACUCCUCCUCCCCCGCCAAGCCACCACCCACCACUUCCUACUGCUAA